AAACCGUACCUAAAAAAAAAAUAAAAAAUAAAAAAAGAUGGCAUAGGGAAGGUGACAACCCCGCCGCACGAGUACUAUAUGAAGCUAGAAACCAGCAGUUCCCAUGGCUCCAUGCACAAAGAACCUCACCUUUUUCUGUUACCUCAUUUUCAUUCUCAUCACCGCCAUUACGCAACUCCCUCAACCUCUCUCUAUAUUACGCUUUUCUCCGUUAUUUUAUCACCAUCAUCAUCUCCAUCACUACCUCCACAAACCUCUCCCACCCCAUAUUCAUUCAUACUCAAUUAACCACCGCAAUGUCGAGGGAGCAGGACCUGCUCGCCGCCGACAUCGUCGACCGCGGCGUCGUCGAGGGCUCCCAGGCCUUCUCCGUCAGGGUCCGCCGCCGCAGGCUGCCGGACUUCCUCGGCUCCGUCAACUUGAAGUACGUCAGGCUCGGUUACACGUACCUCCUCAGCCACGGGGUUUACUACAUACUGGCCGCCCCGGUCCUGCUGGCGAUCUUCGGCGUCCACGUUGGCAGGCUGACGUGGCAGGAUCUCUUCCCCGAGUGCCACGCUGUCGAUGCUCUUUUCAUCGUGGGAUUGUUGGGGUUGAUGCUUUACAUCUACUUCGACUUGGCCCCGCGAUCGGUUUAUCUCGUCGAUUUCGCCUGCUACCGCCCGCCAAAUGAACUCAAGAUUUCGAAGGCGGAGUUCAUCCGCCUGGCCAAGCAAUCCGGCAACUUCACCGACGCCUCCAUCGAGUUCCAGCACCGCGGCCUCAAGAACUCCGGCCUCGGCGACUCAACCUACAUGCCCCGCUCCGUCUUCCGCCCCGCCCCCCACAAAAUCACCCUCCGCGACGGCAGGGAGGAAGCCGCCAUGGUCAUGUUCGGAGCCGUCGACGACCUCCUAGCCGCCACCCAAAUCCGUCCCAAGGACAUCAACAUCCUCGUCGUCAACUGCGGGGUCCUCAACACCACCCCGUCCUUAGCUUCCAUGGUGAUCAACCACUACAAGCUCAAACACAACAUCAACAGCUUCAACCUCGGCGGGAUGGGCUGCGCUGCUGGAAUCAUCGCCGUCGAUCUCGCCAGAGAUCUCCUCACUGCUUACCCUGGCUCCCACGCUCUGGUUGUCAGCAUGGAGGCAGUGAGCUACACUUGGUACAGCGGGAACCGGACCGACAUGCUGCUCCCCAACUGCUUCUUCAGAAUGGGUGCUGCUGCAAUGCUCCUCUCCAGCUGCAGGAUCGAUCGAUGGCGGUCCAAGUACGAACUCAAGCAGCUGGUGCGAACGCACAAGGGGAUGGACGACCGGAGCUUUGGAAGCAUCCGCGUAAGAGAGGACGCGGAAGGCAAGAAGGGGAUAUCGGUCAGCAAGGACGUGAUCGAAGUGGGAGGGCACGCACUGAAAGCCAACAUCACGACUCUAGGGCCACUGGUUCUCCCUGUAUCUGAGCAAUUCCACUUCUUCACCAACCUGCUGUUCAAGAAGAAGGAAACCAAGCCUUACAUACCGGAUUACAAGCUGGCGUUCGAGCACGUAUGCAUCCUGGCAACGAGCAAAAAAGUGCUCGACGAGCUGCAGAGUCACCUGGAGCUCACGGAGGAGUACAUGGAGGCGUCGAGGAAGACACUGGAGCGGUUCGGGAACACUUCCAGCAGCAGCGUGUGGUACGAGUUGGCUUACCUGGAAGCGAAUUCCCGUGUCAAGAGAGGGGACAGGAUUUGGCAGAUUGCUUUCGGGUCGGGUUUCAAGUGUAACAGUGUCGUCUGGAAGGCGCUCAGGAAUGUCAGGAAACCCAGGGUUAGUCCAUGGGUUGAGGAACCUAAUUAGUAACUAGCAGUAGCUAAGAGGAAAGUUUUUUUUUAACUAAUAAUGUGAAACAGCAGAAACCAGACCAUAUUGGGACUCCAUGUAAUGCAACGUUUACCUUCUACUUCCAGUGACCAUAGAUUCUACAGCCUAUGUGAAAUAAUCAUCAAAAAGAGGA